GUACAAUCUACAAACUAAAGUUUUGAAAAGAAAUUGAACAUUCAGAAAUAUGAUUCUGGCAUGAAUUCUGAACUCAACCACAUUAACACUUGAUGAUAUUUCGCUAGUCAUGAAACAAUCCAACUACUACUGGUACAUCACACUUCGUCUCCACCUUGGUCCAAUCCGUCGUCAUUCACUACUGAAUUGAGAGCUGCAGAUAGGUAACAAGUACAACUUCUGCGCUUUGCAACCUCAAGCCCAAGGAAUAAAACAACACAAAACAGCCUCCACACACAAACACACCUCUCGACUUCUGAAUACUCACAAGCGACAACGAAUCUCUUCUCUCAAUCCAGUUACUGCCUACAUACUUUCAGAAUGACAAACUCAUAUCCUUCGGGCUCACCGGGGGUUCCAGACUCUGGCAUGCCUACUGGAGCUCCCGGUUUCAUGCCUCGAAGAUCUUCAUAUGCCUCUGUUGUAUCUGGCAUAGCUGCCGGAAACUCCCAACAAUAUGGACAACCUUCAAGAUCCGGAAAUUUCGCAAACCUCCUAAAUUCGAACACACACAUGUUAAAUCAACAACAAGAUUCCAUUUACUACGAUCCAAAUUACACUGGGCGAUACGGAUAUGGGGCGUUCGCUGGGUUUGAUGAGGAAAAUGGUAAUGGCGGGGUCAACAAUGGACGAUCAGGAUCAUGGGGUAGAGGAGGACAACUGCCAAGCUUCUCGAGUGCGUUUGGUUCACUCGCAAAUGAGUUUUCUUCAUUCUCAAAUGGGCAUGGGUACGGUGGACUUGGUGGAAAUGCAGACCAUUUCUUUGUGCCCUCAUAUCUGAGGGGAUCGAAAUAUGUGCAAAAGUUAGAGGAAGCGCACAAGGCAAAGGUUCUGGCGCAUAGAGAUGGGUCAGCCCCAUCAUCACAACCAAAUUCUCUUUCAACAAGUGCUAGCAGUGUCAAUCUACAUGCAAAGAUGGUCCCUUCGCACCGAGGUAGGCCUUAUGACCUUGUCGAAAAAACACCCCUCAUCGAAGAUGAACCCUUAUCCCCAUUGCCAAGUAAAUGGAGCACAACAGACAAAUUCGGAGCAUUAGAAGUCACAAGUGAUGGCUUUGAAGUGAAAUUGACGGGCCCGAAAUCCAUGAACGAUCGAGAUAAUGAGGCAUCCGCCAUCAGAUCCGAUCACCCCAUGCCUCCUCAGUGUGGAAUUUAUUAUUUCGAGGUGACAGUUCUAUCACGAAAGCGAGAAGAUAGCUCUAUUGGUAUUGGAUUUUCUACCAAAAAAAUACCCUUAUCAAGAUUACCGGGUUGGGAACCUGAUUCUUGGGCAUAUCACGGUGAUGAUGGCCAUGGAUAUGCUGGUGCAAGUAUUGGGAAAACUUAUGGUCCAUCAUUCUCCACGGAAGAUGUAAUAGGCUGUGGAGUCAACUUUUCAACUGGUGUUGCCUUCUUCACAAAGAAUGGAGAUCAAUUAGGUAUUGCCUUCCGAGAUGUAACUGGAAGGGGCGAGCUCUUUCCGUCUGUUGGUAUGAAAAAGCCUGGCGAGCACAUCAGAGUAAAUUUCGGGCAAAGUCCGUUUGUCUACAACAUAGAUGAAAUGAUCUUGCACGAAGAAUGUCGAAUUGGGAAUGAGAUCGCUUCGACCAGUACUACCAAACUUCAACCGCCAUUAAAUGAAACGGAAUUGGUUCAAGCUUUGGUUCUACAAUUUUUGACACAUGAUGGCUAUGUCGAAACGGCAAGAGAAUUUGCGAAUGAAGUUCACUCUGAAAAGAAGGCUUUGAAUAUGGAUCCUGAUGUUACCAUACAAGGAUUCGAUAUCAAAGAUGAUCAAGAUGCUAGCCAUAGACAACGUAUACGCACGGCAAUAUUAGAGGGGGAUAUUGAGCAGGCCCUCAAACAUACUAACGCAUAUUAUCCUCAAGUUCUGAAAGACAACGAACACGUUUAUUUUCGAUUGAGAUGUCGCAAGUUCAUCGAAAUGGUUCGACAGAUGGCAGAAAUUUAUAACUCCAAUUCGAAUAACGGAUCGAAAAAGAAUUCGGCGCAUAACGGGGAUUGGUAUGAUGAUAUUAUAAAUCAUGAUAUGGACCUGGACGAUCAUCAACCCCAGGCCAACAAUUGGGAUAGAAUGGAAACAGAUGGGGGUGAGAAUCUUGAAACUGAUUAUCAAAAUUUGCUAUCAGAUACAUUGUCAUACGGACAGGUUCUUCAAGCAGAAUUCAAGGACGAUCCAAGAAGAGAGGUUAGUAAAGCUUUGGAGGAUGCUUUCUCGUUAUUCGCAUACAAAGAUCCUAUCAAUGAGAAAAGCGUCUCACAUCUCUUGGAUCCGAGUGGGAGGGUUGCUGUAGCGGAGGAAUUGAACUCUGCUAUUCUUCUCUCCCUUGGCAAAUCAUCCUCAGCGGCCCUCGAGCGUGUCUACCAACAAACAACGGUACUUCUAGAAGACCUUAGAGAAUCGGGUGGGCCGGGGGCUUUUGUUAAUAUUGAUAACUACACGAGACCAAGGAGGAAUGAUGGCGCAACUAGAAAUUAUAGUCAGGGUUAAUAGGAGGUCCUUUUACAAGAUUCCCGGAGGUUUAGGGAAAGGAUGCAAGCAGAGUAUUCUCGAAUGGUUUAGGGGUAAGGGAAAGGAUUGGGGGUUGAAGAAUGAGGUGAGCAAUGGAGGCAGGAGUGGAAAAUGGAACGAGUAAUGAUUAGCAACAUGGAAUGAUAAACUAUAUUUAAUGAGGUCAUACUAGCUGCAAAUCGAAGAUAUA